GUACAAUCAACCAAGAACAAAGACCGCACACUCCUUACCAUCCAUAAUCUACCUAGCGCAGGCAAAAGCAGUAUCUUCUUUAUUCAAAUUUACAGCUGUUCUACUCCGGAUCGACGAAUUUAACAAACGAUGAAAGAUACAUUUAACCAAGAAGGAUGUUGCACCGACAAUGGCGAUUUUGUGGACUCUGACGAAGAGGGCGACGUCGAGGACGAGUCCGAGCCUCUCGAACGAUACUACCGAGGAAUCUACUAUCCUGUUUGCAUUGGAGAAGUGCUGGCUGGGAGAUAUCGCAUCGAGCACAAGCUUGGCUGGGGUGGCUACUCCACCGUCUGGAUGGCUCACGAUUCUCAGUGUCACAGGGACGUUGCCCUCAAGAUCUUAAUUCCAGGCCAGAAAGGGGAGUAUGAGUACCAGAUACAGAACGAAAUUCUCCAGACCGUUGGCGACACUUCUCACCUUGUUAUACAUCAAGGCUCAUUCUUGCUACCCGGUCACGGUGACAAUCAGUAUCGCGUCUUAGUGCUUCCCCUCCUCAGCCCGAGCCUGGGCUACCGCGUCAAAGAAUUACCAGUGGCUACUCGUGUAUCGGCUGCGAAGCAGCUGCUUAUAGCUCUUGCGAGCCUUCACGAUGUUGGAUUGGUGCACCGCGACCUUAACGAAGGCGCGCUGAUGUGGGACCUGAAUCCUCUCCUCGCUGGUUACGACACAGCAACCAAAUAUCAAAUGCUCGGCCGCCCAAAGAAGGUGUCCCUGGGCGACUCGCUGUGGAAGCGAGGUGAGUUGGUGCAACAGAUUGCUACCCCUUUGAAUUUGGUGGGUUCCAAAAUUUACUUGGGGGAUUUUGGCCUCACAAUUAAAGACGGGACCACGGUGCGUAUCAAAGAGCAGUCUCCUUACCACUUCUGUGCCCCCGAGAGACUCCAUGGGGCAGAUCCAAGUCUUGCGAGCGACAUGUGGAGUUAUAUGUGUCUCUUCGCCGUUCUUUAUCUCGGCAACGGCGUCUUCUACGGCAACGGUGGUCGUUCAACGGCAAUUAGCUGGGUCGAGCAGCUUGGAGCGAUGCCUGGCCAGUGGAAGGGGAAAUUUUGGUUCCCAGGGGAAGUUGAUGAUGCUUGGUACGAGCGUACAACGACUCCUGAUGUCGAAAGAGAUCUCGCGGCGAGAAUCGCACGAAUGCGACCUGAUACUAACCAAGCCGAACGCGACCUCGUUUUGUCUAUUAUGCUCAAGGUUUUCUGCUACCUCCCCGAACGUCGCAUAACUGCGAGAGAGCUUUUGCAAGAUCCAUCUUUUGGGUCGCUCCUGAACAUAUAUCAAUGUUAA